AUGGAUCCGUUACGCGAGGAAGCUAUCUACAACGAACGCCAUGUUAAAGUAAUAUGCGUCGGAGCGGGUGCAUCAGGGCUAUGCUUGGCAUACAAGCUCCAACGGUCGUUCAGAUCUUAUUCUCUAACGAUAUACGAAAAGAAUCCGAGCGUAGGCGGCACAUGGUACGAGAACAGGUACCCGGGAUGUGCCUGUGAUGUCCCUUCGCACAACUACGUAUACUCUUUCGAACAGAAGCCUGACUUUUCCUCUGUCUACGCCGGUUCGGAUGAGAUCCAAAACUACUUUGAAGAGUUCGCGAAUAAAUACGACUUGAACAAACACAUUAAGUUAUCCCAUGCCGUCCAGAAGACAGCGUGGGUGGAGGCUACAGGACUAUGGAUAGUUGAGGUCAAGAACUUGAACACCGGAGAGGUUACCUACGAUUCCUGUCAUAUCUUGAUCCACGCCUGCGGCUACCUUAAUAAGCCUUCAUGGCCGAAGCUCCCCGGAAUCGACGAUUAUAAAGGCGUCAAGGUCCAUAGUGCGAACUAUGAUAGGAGUAUACCGCUUGAUGGUAAAAACGUGCUACUCAUCGGGGCCGGGUCCUCGGCCGUACAGAUACUGCCCACCAUUCAACCCAUCGUCAAGAAUGUUACGAUCUUUAUUAGGUCCCCUACGUGGGUACUCCCGGAUAUUUCUACCGAGGCUGGACAGUUCACCCGAGAGGAGAUUGAGAAGUUCAAGGAGGAGCCCGAGACUGUCUUGGAGCUGCGACAAACCAACGAAAGGACUAUGAAUAGUAUUUUCAGUCUUUACCUCAAAGGUACAGUGUUGCAGGAGCAAUGCAAGACUCUGCUUAAGGGUGAGAUGGAGAAGAUAUUCGAUGACGAAGAGUCUCGGAAUAAAUUGAUCCCCGAUUUUGCGGUCGGUUGCAAGCGAGUGGUCCCUUCUGGCUUUAGAUAUCUUAGGGCCCUCAAAGAAGAAAACGUCACACCUGUAUAUAGCGGUGUUGAAUCCUUUACAUCAUCCGGUGUUAUCACCAACGAGGGGUCUCACUACGACGGCGAUGUGAUAAUAUGCGCCACAGGCUUCGAUACAUCAUAUAUAUCGCAUUAUCCGAUAUAUGGUCCCGAAGGACGAAACUUACAAAGGGAAUGGUCCGAGUCCAUCAUGGGAUACAUGGGUGUGGGCGCGUCCGAGUUUCCCAACACGUUUACGCUUCUAGGCCCUUACACGCCGGUCUCUAACGGUCCCACACUUAUUGCCAUCGAAGCCCAAGCAGAUUAUAUUUGUUCCUUCAUCGAUCGCUACCAAACAGAGCCGAUCCAUAGCAUGGCACCGAAGGUAGCUGCAUGUGCUGAUUUCAAAGCGCACGUAGCUAGUUUCAUGGAUAAAGCCGUGUGGACGGAUAACUGUCGCAAUUCACACAACAAUCAUAAGGUGGGUGGUCGUGUGCCUACUACUUGGCCCGGUAGCACGCUGCACUAUCUUGAAGCGAUCCGCGAGCCUCGUUGGGAUGAUUGGGAGGUCAAGUAUGCCGGGAAUAGGUUCAGUUGGUUGGGUAAUGGUAUUUCCCAGACGGAAUGGGACCCCACGGCAGACUUGGGAUAUUAUAUUCGACAAAGCGAUGACGGCGUGUGGAAUAGUCGGUGGAAGCGUAACGGAUCAAUCAAUAAGAGUGGAAGUAUGCCGCCUAGAAUAUUACACCGCCAAGCAAAAUUGGCCGUCGCGGCUCCGACUGAUAAGCCGGAGCCGGAAGAGGCAAAGGUAGUAGUGCAGGCGGCGGCAGAGAGCUCAUAG